GCUGUAAAAGUUGAAGUUUUCCUGCUAACUUUCCAGUCGGCUGGAUCAGCAGCGGCAGCAGCAUGUCUGGCUCUCCGUCCUGGAUCCUGAGCGCCGUCUGGCUCAGCUGCCUGCUCGGCGCGGCCGCCUGCAGACGCGGCAGAGGUCAUGGCGGCCAUCAUAGCCCCAUCAUCUUUAACGAGUUCUGCGCCAUGAAAGACGAGUCGGGGCCGUGCAAGGCCAUCAAGGAGCGCUACUUCUUCAACGUUAACUCUGGGAGCUGCGAGCGCUUCGAAUACGGCGGCUGCAGCGGAAACGGCAACAACUUCGAGACGAUGGAGGAAUGUGAGGAGGCGUGCGUCGUCUCAGACGAUAAGAACCCGUGUCACCUGCCGGAGGCCCCGGGCCCCUGCCGAGGUUUUUUGAAGCGCUUCUUCUUUGACAGCCAGACUCAGCAGUGCAGACAUUUCUACUACGGCGGCUGCUUUGGCAACGCCAACAACUUCAGGAGCAUGGCCGACUGCCAGCAGAGAUGCCUCAACACAGACGAACCUACGGCUGCGACAGAAGUCCAUGUGAGGAAACCCGCCAUGGCCCGUCCAACCGUCGCCACUGAGGAGCUGACUGUGAGCGAACCGCAGGUGCAGCUGAACGCCUCCGACUCUCAAAGAGACUUCAGCGCCUCAGAGAUCUGCUUCAGUCCCAUCGACGGCGGCAGCUGCAGCGGCGCCUCCAGGCGGUUCGCCUUCAACCCAGAAACCAAGCGCUGCCAGUCGUUCUCCUUUAGCGGCUGCGGCGGCAACCAGAACAACUUCCUGCUCCGCAAACAUUGCUACCACAAAUGCAUCAGAGGCCAGAAGGGCUACAGGAGGGGGAUGAUCCGAAUAAAGAAGAAAAACCUCCACAGCAUCGUGAACCGCGGGGACUGAACACCGCGCCCUGCGGGACGCCGCUCCUCAUCUAUAUAUGUAUUUAUCUCUGUAUUAUAGCUUCAAGUCUUUUUUCUUCAGAAAAUCUCUUGUUUAAUAGAGAGCUGUUUAUUUUGGAUUCAUUAUGAUGGACAAUUCUGUGCAAAAGUCUUGAGUCAUUCCUCAGAUCCUCAGAGCAGGAAACAAGAGGCGGUUUAAAACUUUAGCACAGAAGCAAAAUAGAAAAUUAAAGUAACUCUGAGGUUAUUUUGAACUUUAAACUUCCUCUGGCUUCAUGUUUCUGUUUUUAUCAGCAGAGCUUCUUUAUUUUCACCCCAAACUGAAACAUUUAAGACACUUUAGUUCAGAUUCUGAUCUGAUGUGACAGUAACACAUUUCUUUUUUUAUUUCUAAACUUAGAGUUUUCAAUAUCGGCUCUGAAAAGUUUAAAAUUAUAAAGUAAAAUAAGUUUAUAAAUCGGUUAAAUAAAGACCCAGAAUGUCAUUACAGUGUGGAAACAGCAAAGACUGAUGGGAAAUAUUUAAACCCUACUCAUGCAAAGAUCUUACUGUUCUUGUUUUUAUCUGCAAUAAUAUUAAAGUUUCUAUAAAAAACACAAUAACAUAAAGAGAUUUAAAACAGUUCCAGUGAUAUGAGUUCUAAAUUGUGAAAACAUUCAGCUGCAACCGAAAGGAGUUGUGCAAAAAUAAUAUAAGAAGCUGAGACGACUCACCACAAAGUUGUAACAAUGUGUAAAAAUCCAAAAGAAAACAUAUUUUUUGCACAUUUAUGCUGAUAAAUAUUAAGUCUGUAUAAGAAAACAUUCCAGUUCUGCCUUCAUUUUGCAUGAAUUAUUAAUUUAGUUUGAGUUUUUGUGGUUUGGUACGAAGCUUUAAAGCUGCUGAUUUUGUUCUUUUAUUUGUUGAAAUAUUUUCCUUUGCUUCAUAUUUCGGUCUCAGAAUAUCAGCUGUUUGUGUCUGCAGUUAUUGAUCACUGUAAAUGGAUUCAUUUAUUGAUUAAACGAACCCCAGAAACUGUUUUUAGUCAUUAUCCUCUGUCACCGCAGCGGAGUGAACACCAGGGGGCGCCGUUGCAUUAAAUGCUGCAUUCAGAGUCGCCAGACUGGAAAAUAUUCAACGAACUAAGAGCCAUUUUUCUUCUUCCUCAUGACGAUAAAGCGUUUUGUUUCUCAGUGUUUUGCUGCUAACCGGAUCUGGAGCAUUUUCAUCUGUGUGUCCAAUAAUAAGACAUGAAACAAUUAAUAAAAGUAUUUAUUAAUCACU